CCGAAGCGUACAAACAAACUGACAUUGCUUUACCGAAUUUUUCAUAGGUGUGUUGUUAACGCUUUCUUCUAACGCGACACAAAAUUAAUAUUUAUUUCGGAGUAAAAAGUUUGCAGAAAAUAAAAUUCAGUGAAGAACGCCAUUAGUUGCUGAGAAAUUUUAAUAAAACUAAGAAAAAUGUCUGAUAGCGAGAAAGAGGAACAACCUGUAGCGAAGAAACGCGGGCGCCCAUCUACUGGAACCGCUGCUGCGAAAAAACGCCCCGCCGAAGCAAAAGGCUCGGAUGAACCCUCAUCCAAGAAGGGUCGUGGGCGUCCCAAGGGAUCCACGAAGAAAAAGCGCGGAAGACCCGCAACCGAAUCGUCAGGAACUGCCGCCAAGCCUGCUGCCAAAUCGGGCGGAGGACGCGGACGCCCAAAGAAGGCAGUUGCGAAAAAAGACUCCACGGAAGACGAAGAAGAAGCUUCUGAAAACGGAAACUCUUCGGAAAACUAAAGCGCACGCAUCUCAAGUCUAAUUAAUUAAUUAAAAGAAAAAAAAAACAAAAAAAAAAAUAACAAAAAAAAAUUUAAUCAAUAUUUCAAAGAAGAAGAAGAAAAUUAACAGAAAAAAGUAUUUACCCGCUCUGAUUUAAUCUCUGGGAUUUUUAUUCCAUAUUUUAUAGCAAUUAAUGAUAAAAUACUGAACAAUACGUGUUUCUGGUACAUGGUAGGAAGGGAAAUUUGACUAAAAAAAAAUUUGUCGAAAAAAAACACGAAAAAAGUACAAAUCGUUCAUUAGACUUAAAGCAAAAUAAUUUAAAAGAAAGAAAUUUACUUAACUAUGACACGAUCAGUUUUCAUGUCUUUUUAGGCCACAAAAUUUUACUUUUUAGGAAAUUUGAAGCAUUAUACCCCCCGUUGAAAGCUCUAUCUACUACAAUGUACGAUUCAAGAAAUAAAGUAA